CCCUCUUUCUUCGCAGCAGCAUCGUCAUCACCAUCCUCCCACCAUGCACCAAGAGUCGUGCCACUCUUUGGUUUUACUUUGCAUCCUCCUGAGGAGCAGCGGCCACGCCUUAAAGAACGACGCCACGGAGGUCCUCUCCCCACAUGCGAGCGCGCCCGUCGCGGGGGCGCAGCACAGCAACGUGUCGCUGAACCGUGCGCGCUCCGGCGGGAGAGCACUAGCGGCGGCCGGGGCAGAGCACGACAGAAGCGAGCAAAGCCAGAUAGGAUGCAGAGAGUUGAGGUCCACCAAGUACAUCUCAGAUGGACACUGCACCAGCAUCAAUCCCAUCAAGGAGCUGGUGUGCGCCGGCGAGUGUCUCCCGGCUCAGAUGCUCCAAAACUGGAUCGGCGGCCCCUACAGCAGAAAGUUCUGGUCUCGCCGCGGUGCCGGCGUGAGCAGCACCGGCAACCAGGACUGGCGGUGCGUCAACGACAAGACCCGCACUCAGCGCAUCCGCUUGCAGUGCCAGGAUGGCAGCACCAGAACGUACAAAAUCACCGUGGUCACCUCCUGUAAGUGCAAGAGGUACUCCAGGCAGCACAACGAGUCAGGCCACAAGUUUGAGCCCAUGGUUCUGUCACCGCCGCAGCUCCUGCACAAGCACAAGGCCAAGAGCAAGAAGCAGCUGGGGAAAAAGCGCUUGAGUGAGAACUGGCACCAGACGGAACCGUGAACCGAAUUAUAGCCGCUCUCAACAAACUGGACUUGAUUUAUUUUAUUAAGCUGGUCUCCCACUUUGAUGAACCGUCAAAGGCCUCUUCUAGCCAUUUUCAUCCAUGUAAAGAUAAUGUGAACAAAACCGAGAUAUACAGCUUUCAUAAGCCUGGACGUAAGCCAUAAGCCUUGUAGCCCUGUGUGCUGUUUUUAUUUUAUGUACAAUUGGAGAUGACUGUGGAACCAACACCAGUAAACCCCUCCUAGCAGCUUGAAAACGUCUGUAAAUAUUUGUACAUAUGUCAAAUUGCUACUUGCUUUUUUUCUACGGCCAUUUGUAUAAAAAUGAUGUAAUAUAUUAUAUAUGGCAACAUGUGCGGGUAAAGUUUGGAAAUAAAAAAUGACAACAUUUAUACAGCC